AUGUCGUACUCGCCUCACAGAGAAAAUGAUAGCACGUCUCCUCUCCUAGCUGAAGCCCCGAGGCAGUCUGGAGAGAUAUGGGACGAUGCAGCCGCCGUGGCCAAGCAGGCGGAGAAGGAAGGGGGGUCGAAGAGUAGUUGGUAUCUGUUUCUGUUGGCGCUCGGUAUUGGAGGGUUACAGAUCGUGUGGUCGGUUGAAUUGUCGAAUGGAUCCCCAUAUUUACUCUCCCUUGGCAUGAAUAAGUCUCUGCUUGCGUUUGUAUGGAUUGCUGGGCCUUUGACUGGGACCCUGGUGCAGCCGUAUGUAGGAAUCCGAAGUGACAACUGUCGGCUUAGCUGGGGGAAGCGGAAGCCGUUUAUGAUCGGAGGCGGCAUUGCUACAGUUAUCUCCUUGCUGGCACUGGCCUGGGUACGGGAGAUGGUUGGUGGAACACUAUCGUUCUUUGGAGCAGACACUGCAUCGUCUGGUGUGAAGGUAACAAUAAUCGUGGUGGCGACUAUACUGAUGUAUUGUCUUGAUUUUUCCAUCAACACCGUACAAGCGGCAAUUCGUGCCUUUAUAGUCGAUAAUGCCCCUGCACACCAACAGGAAGCAGCAAACGCAUGGGCAAGUCGACUCACUGGCAUCGGAAACAUAGUCGGCUAUGUGUCCGGCUACAUGGACCUGCCAAAAAUUCUUCCAUUUUUUGGAAAUACCCAAUUCAAAGUCCUAUGCGUGAUUGCAUCCAUUUGUCUGGGUGUCACACUCACGGCUAGUUGUCUGUAUAUUACAGAGCGAGACCCAAGACUAGAAGGCCCGGCCCCAGCCGAAAACCCAGGUGUCAUGGCAUUUUUCGUCCAGGUUUUCAAGUCUAUCCGAAGGCUGCCUCCACGGGUCAGAAAGGUGUGCGAGGUCCAGCUUUGGGCAUGGGUGGGCUGGUUCCCGUUCCUGUUCUAUUCCACUACAUACAUCGGACAGCUCUACGUCAACCCCAUUUUUGAUAAGCAUCCCAAUCUCUCCAAAGAGGAGAUAGACGCCGCCUGGGAGGCGGCAACUAGAAUAGGCACAUUCGCACUUUUGAUAUAUGCCCUUAUGUCGUUUGCAGGAAGCAUUCUUCUGCCCUUAAUAAUCGUCCCGACUUAUCGACCAACCGUUAGCCCGCAAGACAUAUCUCCUCCCUCGAAUCGGCCGUACUUGAGCAGCCGCCCGUCGACAUCUACGCUCUCAUUCACUGCAUCCGCGGGGGCUGCUAUUGAAUCAGCUGCCAUCGAGCCAGCCGGCUAUCCUGGUAGGCUGGCCGAGGAGGGAAGGCUGUCGCCCAUACUUUCUAAACUCCGAAUCCCUGGCCUCACCCUCCGCAGGUUAUGGCUCAUCUCCCAUAUCCUGUUCGCACUGUGCAUGUUUAGUACGUUUUUCGUGUCUUCCCCCGCAGCUGGGACAGCGGUGAUUGCCAUAGUUGGUUUGUCCUGGGCGCUCACCCUCUGGGCCCCGUUCGCUCUCAUCUCCGCAGAAGUUGCGCAGCGUGACGCAGAACACAGACGGCUAAGACACUCGCUUCAACCUCGGACGGCCUCAGAUCCUACUCCCAUUGGCCCUCAUCCACCCCCUUCCCAUUUCAACGCUGAAAACCAUGAAGGCGAAGCCGAUGAUGAGGCCUCUAGUGCUAGCGCACUAGACCAUGCGGGAGAUAAAGAUGAAACAGUUGACCAAGCCGGGGUCAUCCUGGGAAUCCAUAAUGUUGCGAUUUCGUUCCCGCAGAUCGUAUCGAGUCUGAUCAGCAGCGCUAUCUUCAAAGCCCUGCAAAAACCGCGGGGAGAGCCCUGGGACGAUAGCGUUGGGUGGGUUCUUCGGUUUGGUGGAUGUGCUGCUCUUGGAGCUGCAUGGUUCACUAGCACAAUGGGCGACGGAGUCGCCGAGGAUGCUGAGAACGACGCUGUCUAG